UCAAAUAUUGUGAUGAGAAUACUGUGAGAAUGUUAAAGAAUUGUUUUUUUGUUUUCUGAUUCCUUGGAAAGAUGUCAAAAGAGUUAAGAAAAUUAUCAUAUCACUGUGAUAACUGUGGCAAACUGUUCUCUCAAAAAAGUAACCUAACUUCUCACAAACAUCUUCAUACAGAAGAGAAACCAUAUCACUGUGAUAUCUGUGGUAAAUCAUUCUCUCGAAAUGAUCAAUUAACUAUACACAAACGUAUUCACACUGGAGAAAAACCAUAUCAGUGUGUUAUCUGUGGUAAAUUAUUCUCUAGAAGUAGUGACUUAACUAAACACAAACGUACUCAUACAGGAGAGAAGCCAUAUCACUGUGAUAUCUGUGGUAAGUCGUUCUCUACAAAUAGCAUCUUAACUAAACAUGUACGUAUUCAUACAGGAGAGAAGCCAUAUCACUGUGAUAUUUGUGGGAAAUCAUUCUUUCGAAAUGAUCUCUUGAAUUUACACAAACAUAUUCAUACAGGAGAGAAGCCAUAUCACUGUGACAUCUGUGAUAAAUCAUUCUCUGGAAACAAUGUUUUAACUAAACAUAAACGUAUUCAUACAGGAGAGAAACCAUAUCAGUGUGAUAUCUGUGGUACAUCGUUCUCAGAAACUGGUAAUUUAACUAAACACAAACGUAUUCACACAGGAGAGAAGCCAUAUCAUUGCAAUAUCUGUGGCAAAUCAUUCUCAGAAACUAGUCAUUUAACUAUCCACAAACGUAUUCAUACAGGAGAAAAGCCAUAUCACUGUGACAUCUGUGGUAAAUCAUUCUCUGGAAGUAGUGACUUAACUAGGCACAAACAUAUUCAUACUGGAGAGAAACCAUAUCACUGUGAAUUCUGUGGUAAGUCAUUCUCCACAAGUAGCGUCUUAACUAUUCACAAACUAUUUGGGAGAUAUUUAAAUACACAGUCUUACUUUUUACGGAAGAGACUGCUAAUUAACUGUUACCAUAUGGAGCUAUUUAAAAUUGACGCAUCCUUGAAGGACAUACCAAUUCCACCAAAUAACAUUUAUAUCAAACAAUUAAUUAGGAAAACACAUUCGUUUAUCAACAGAAUAAGGUGGAAAGCAUUUUUCUUUAAUAAGAAUGAUCAGACAGUAGACAUUGCAGAUGAGAAUUCAAAAUUUAAGAAGCUUUUUAAAUCUAGAAAAACCCUCCAUAUAAUCCGAGGUUGGAUAAAUUCAGAGAAGAACUGUGGACAGUUGUUAAGAACAUUAAAAUCAAUAAGUCACCAAGAAGGAACCAACAUUUGGAAUACCUAA